GAGGGUGCCUGCAAGGGGGAUCAGGAGCGGGGCAUUUCCCAAAGAGGGAGAGGAAGGGAUGCCAGAAAGCCUUCCCCAACCCCUUCCACUUUUCCCCCCUCCUCCUUUUUUUUUUUUGCAUUCCUGGCAGAUGCUGCUGCAUUAAGCCCCUUCUGUCAGCUUGGGGAGAAAGGGGGGGGGCGGUAUGCUGGUGCACAGGGGCAUCACGUGUUUGGAAGCUUCUGAAAGAGGGAUAUUGACCAAAGUGAGAAGAGGGGGGGAGAGAAGAGAGAGGAGCAAUUGGGGAGAAGGAGGCGCUGCGAUUGGCAAGCGUGGGGACGAGGAGGAGGAGGAGGGCAAGGCUGUUCCUCUCUCUCAUUCUCACUCUCUUGCUUUCUUUUUGCUGCAGAACUCCCCCUCCUCCCUAGGAGAGUACCCCCCCCCCCCUCUCGUCUCCUUUCCUUGGCCCCUUGCAUGGUGCGGCUUGCUCCUCUUCUUCCUCCUCCUCCUCCUCGGCCAUGGCUUGGCCCUGCAUCAGCCGCGUGUGCUGCUUGGCCCGCUUCUGGAACCAGAUGGACAAGUCGGACUUGGCGGUGCCCCUCACCAUCCACAAUUACUCCGACAUCGAGGAGGAGGAGGCGGCAGGAGGAGCGGCAACAGGAGGAGGACUAGGCGGAGGAGGGCUCGCCCCACAGCCGCCCCCCAAGAUCCCAACAGGUGGAAGCAGCAGCCUCAGCAGGUCCCACGCGCAGCCUCCGCCGCACCACGCUCGGGGCCCCUCUUCCGCGGCGCUGCUCCCGGCCUCGGCGUCCGCGCCUUCGCUGCAGCAGCAUCACCACCACCAGCAGCAGCAAGAGGAAGGGCCCCCCGCUAAGCGGCCCUCCAAGAGGACCACUCCCCGCCGCCGUCCCGCCGCGGCGGAGACCCAGUACCAGCAGGAUUUCCGCGCCUGGCCCCUGCAGAAGAGGGACGCCCUGCCCUGGGUCGGGGAGGCCCGCGGACGGAUAGACAGCCCCCGCCCGGAGGUCCCGGCGGCAGAAGCGGCGCCCUUCGCCUCCCACGCGGGCCUCCCCGGGGCCGGGCACACCUCCCGUGUGUACGUGCUGCCCGUGGCCGCGGAGGGAGAGCCCGUGGGCGGCAAGGAAGCGGGGUUCAAGCCGGGUUGGCCCCACGCCGCUGCCGCUGCCUCCUCCUCCUUCUCGCCGCCUCCCGGUGCCGCCAAGAUCGCCGCCGCCUCCGCCUCCUCCUCCUACAGGCAGGAGUAUCGUCCAUGGUCAGGAGCUAAAAGAUCAAGGCCCACCAAAACAACACAAGGCUUCAUUAUCCCAGAGGAUCACUUUGCACCAGAAUCUAGCUACAAGGCGGACUUCAAGAUUCCAGAGGUGAAAGGCAAGUUUGCUCCAAAUCCUUCUGCUGUUUUCCAGGCACCGUCUCGCAUCCUAAAUGUAUGAAUCUGGAUCGUAGCCCUUUCCCAUCCAGGCAGCUUGAAUGUUAAGGUGGUGAAAAUGUACAGCUAUGCAACUUUUGUGAGUGGUAUUGAGAUAAGAGUGAGGGUUAUUACCAGCAAUGACAGAAAUUAUCAAAAUUUAUGCAUCUGUUAUGAACAUAUAAAGCAUAAAGCACUUCCUAGUUGGAGUUUGUAUAAUAUAAUGGAAAGAAUGACCUAGUUUCAUAGACACAGGCUCAUUAAUACUGGCCCAGCUAGCUUGACAAUUAAUGUGUUAACUUUGGUCAGCAAAAAAGCAGCAAUUUCAACAUAUUCUUUAUGCCUAAAUGCAGAGGGGACUGGAAAAGCUCCUCUCUUAAGUGAGAAUAGGUAAAGGUAAAGGUUUUCCCCUGACACUAAGUCUAGUUGUGUCCGACUCGGGGUUGGUGCUCAUCUCCAUUUCCAAGCCAAAGAGCCAGCAUUGUCCAUAGACACCUCCAAGGACAUGUGGCUGGCAUGACUGCAUGGAGCACCGUUCGGUUCCUUCCCAUCAGAGCGGUACUUAUUGAUCUACCCCUAUUUGCAUGUUUUCGAACUGCUAGGUUGACAGAAGCUGGGACUAACAGCAGGAACUCACUCCGCUCCCCGGAUUCAAACCACCGACCUUUUGGUCAACAAGUUCAGCAGCUCAGCUGUUUAACCUGCUGUGCCACAGGGAACUCAUUGAUAAGAGAAGAAAACUUAGUUGAUAUUUAAAGUUUGCUAAAGCAUGGAAUCAACCUCAAAAGUUGUUGCACAGAUUUCUCAUGUCUUUUUGCAAAUGGUUUCCAGGGUGAAAAAUACAAUUUUUGACUAGUUUUCUCCAGAACAUGGUGCUCUAUUCAAAUACUAACCAGUUAUAGACUUCCUCAAUUACACUCUUCACCUUUAGCUUCCAUAUAUCUUUCUUUUCUCUCUCUCUGGGACUAAGAGAGAAACAAAUUUCUUAAGGGUCCAGUACUUGGUCAUUUGAUAUGCUCUACAUAUGGAAGCACAGAGCUAGAAACGUUCCUUUUUUUAACCACUACACCUAGAUUCCCUCAACCGCAGCCAGACCUUGCCCACCUACUGUGCUGAUGCACAUCAAAAUAGUCCUGUGGAGUGUAGAUUUUGCUAUGUGACUGAAAAAUCAGCAUUUAAGCCAAGUGAUUCCUGUACCAUUUCUUUACUAGACCAAAAGAUGUAGUAAAAUGUAAAAGCUGCAUUUUAAGAAAGUUGAAACUAAGAUGCUGCAUGACAUAUGGGUCCUUUCAUUUUUAGCUCUAAAUUCUACUUUGCCUGCCUUAGCUCCAUCAUGUGGAAUUCUGGGAUUUUCAGUGUACGCAGGACUAUUUACAAUUAUCUGCCCAAUUGCUCUAGUAAAGUAGUCCUCAACUUGUGGGUCCCCAGGUUGGUUUACAACUCCCAGAAAUCCCAGCCAGUUUACCAGCUGUUAGGAUUUCUGGGAGUUGAAGGCCAAAACAUCUGGGGACCCACAGGUUGAGAACCACUGCUCCAAUACCUCUCUAAACUACAAACCUUAGAAUUGCAUAGGAUAUUGCUGUGGCAUUUAAAGUGGAAUCAUAGUGCUGUAAUUGUGCCGUUGGAGAGUGAAGAUCUCUAGCAGAUGUAUCUUUGCUUCUUCCUUUCCAUGCACGUGCAUCCUCCUUUCUUGCUGGCCUCCAUUUAGUGGCUGGGGGUGUAUAGCCAGACAGUGGUCAAUUGUGAGAUGCAUGACAACAAUGUCUUCCUAUUGUAUCUCUGGAUGAAGCCUGGGAAGAUGACUUCAUCUUUAUAUGUUCCGGUUCAGAAAAUCACAUGCUGCCAGGCUGCUUUCAGCCAGCAAAUAGAAAGGACUUUUGGUGUGGCACCAGCACUCUUUGGGCAGAGAAGGCUAAAAACCUACAACUCUCAUGAUGACAUGGCAUUGAGCCUCUGUAGUUAAAGUGGUGUCAAACUGCAUUCAUUCUACAGUUUAGAUCCAAUGUUUAUAAAGACAUCAUUCCAGCCUGAACCUUCUGGCCUGAAUAUUUUAAAACCAUGUCCACUUAUAUAGGGCCCUUCCAGACAGGCCCUUUAUCCCAGGAUUUGAUCCCAUGUUUUCUGCUUUAAACUGGAUUAUAUGAGUCCACACUGCCACAUAAUCUAGGAUAAACAGAAACCCUGGGAUCAGAUCCUGGGAUAUAGGGCUUAUCUGGAAGGGCCCUUUGUUAUAUUUGAGGUGGUCUUGAGGUGGCUUUAUUUAAAAACAGCACAAUAAAAGGAACAUAAAAGGAAUAAAAAGGAACAUAUCAACCACAACUCAAAACACACAACACACAAGUACAGGGCCAGAGCACCGUCAACAUUCCUUAACUUAAGCCCAUUCCAUCUGAUUUUGCCUGACUGCAGCUUUGAAAAUACUUUCUCAAAGACAUAAGUCUCAUUACAAUUUACCGGCACUAAGAUACAUUUAUGUGUGUCUCUACAAAGUGCAUUGCACAACCUUGGUGCAGCUACCCUAAAGGACCUGUUCUAUCUUUAGAGCUGGGUUGGGCAGACUGUUAAAUUCUGGGGAGGGAAAAAACCUCUCUGAAACAGUACAAGGAAAUAAUGCAGCAUUCUUGACAAAGUACCAGCUUUUCUUGGAAACUGGUAGCACUAACUGGUCUCGCUCAAGGCACUGCAGCGGACCAGACAUUAAAGCAAUGACCAAUUUCAAUUGUAAUAGUGCUAUUUAGUGUGUAUAUAAAUAGUGUACAUAGAUAUAAUUAACGAUUUUCCUUUGAAAGAGAGUAUGCUUAGUAAUUAAUAUUUAUGUAACAUAGCUUUGAGUAUGCAGGGUAGAAAAUCCAUUGCCUUGAAAAUCCUGAAUUAUUGCCUGUAUAUCAGUAAUGCUAGUGCUAAAGAAAUGAAUGUUACAUAGUGGCUAUUAUAUAAUGCAAUUUUCAAAGAGGGUCAUUUUUAAGUCCCAUUAUUCUACCAGUACGUUUUUGUAUAGUCUUAUUGACCCAGAAGUAAUUUUUUUGUCUAGGCUCUUUUAAUAAACCAUUUCUUAGUGUUUGUUCAGUUACUCAUAGAUUGUAUACAUUUUUAUCAAAAGGAUUUAUAAUGUUCCAACUAAUUUCCAAUGCAGUUUUCCCCCAUUCACUUUUGUAAAUGUCUCAAUGAUUUGUUGCUCUGAUCCCAGUGUUUUCAGUGUUCUGUUAAAGCCUUGAAUGAGCAUGCAAACCUCCCCUGUAUUCAAGCAGGGCGUCGUUUCAUUCCGGCACUGGCAUUGCCCCAUGUGGCAUGGGAAGCACGUGCGUGUCAGUGAUAGAGAUUUAGCAAGAUUAGCAUUUGGGAGGCUCUUAUUUGACAUGUGCCCAUCAGAAUGAACACAACAUGAUCACUAAUAUAAAACCAAGCUUUCAUUCAGGAAAGUAUAGAGGUCAGGCAUUAUUUAUUUACUUACUAGCUUGAGGACCCAGCAAUGCCUGGGUUAUUUGAGAAAGGCAUUGUUUGUUUUUCGAUGUGAGGUCAUAUCAGUUUGGUAAUUUGUAAUGCUAUUUAUUUUUUAAAAGCCAGUCUUUCCUUUUGUUGUUGUUUUUUGUAUGAUGUGGGUGAACUACAAUUCACAGAGUUGUGGGUCAAUUCUUCCCAAACCCUGCCAGUAUUCACAAUUGGCUAUGUUGGAUCUGUGUGCCAAGUUUGGUCCAGAUUCAACACUUGCUGGGUUCAGUGUCCUCUGAAUGCGGGUGAACUAUAACUCUGCCAAAGUCCACCAGUAUGCAAAGUUGGCAGCAUUGGUCUGUGUGCCAAGUUUGGUCCAGAUCUGUCAUUGGUGGGGUUCAGAGGGUUCAUGGAACACAGGUGAACUAUAACUCCCAGAGAUAAAGGUCAGUCACCUCCAAUGUCCACCAGCAUUCCCAGUUGGCCGUGUUGAAUUUGUGUGCCAAGUUUGGUCCAGAUACCUCAUCUGCUGGAUUCAGUAUGCUCUGAAUAUGGGUGAACUAUAACUCCUAGAUGUCAAGGUCAAUCACGACCAAACCCCGCCAGUAUGCAAAGUUGGCCAUGUUGGGUUUGAGUGCCAAGUUAGUUCCAGCUCCAUCGUUGGUGGAGUUCACAGUGCUCUUAGAUUCCAGGUGAACUAUACAUCCCAGUCCCUACAACUCCUAGAAACCAUGGUAAAUUCUCCUCAAACCUGUCUCUAGUAUGUUCAGUUGCUGUGUGCCAUAGGAAAGGAUAGGAAAGGGUUAAGGGAGAGGCAAUGGGGCAGGGUCAUGCAAAUGGAGAGAGAAAGGAACAGUGGGAUGUGCUCGCUGUAACCUGCAAUGUCCUUGAAGGGAGUGACUGGGUGGCUCCUCAGCACUGGGAACUAUAGCCUGUUUGUGGAGGCUGGAGGUUGUGUGAGUGGACACCCAUGCCAUAUGCACACAUACAGAUUUUCACUUUUAUUAUAUGUAUAGAUUUAUUUAUUGGUAUCAUGUCAUUGCUGUAAUUGGUGUUUUCCAAGAUAAAAAAAAAGAAAAACCUUUAUUUAAACCAUUCUUAUUUAAAUAAAAGCAGAGCUUUGGAAAGUUAUUCUUUUGACUGCAACUCCCAGAAUCCUUUCUUCUUAUGGUCUCUGGUCAUUCUGGUGGGAAAAUGGCUCUAAGACAAGCAUGGGCAAACCUUGGCCCUCCAGGUGUUUUUGGACUUCAACUCCCACCAUUCCUAACAGCCUCAGGCCCUUUCCUUUCCCCCCUCAGCCGCUUAAGCGGCGGAGGGGGGAAAGGAAGGGGCCUGAGGCUGUUAGGAAUGGCGGGAGUUGAAGUCCAAAACACCUGGAGGGCCCAAGUUUGCCCAUGCCUGCUCUAAGAAAUCUAGUCCAAAAACAGUUUCCAUCUGGAUGGAGGAUUGUGUAAGGUGCAGCCUGAGGGUCAGUCCUAUUUAUUAAGAAAAUUGAGACAGAAUCUCUCCGGUUCCAGAGAGAUGCCAGCAAGAUGCUAGAGGAAAAGGUUUUGUGCCAUGCAAUCUCCCUGUGCCAUGUGUGUUGCCUUCAGGUGUAGUGGAAAAUGCUGCUCUGUUGUCAAAGUUGAAGAAAGAUUGAACUGACGCUCCUGUCAACUGUUAUACAUGGAGGGUACCAUUUAAUGAGAAAACACAGCUAGGUGACUUCUGACAGGCAAAUGUUUGGUUACUCUAAGAAAGGAAUGCUGGAUCGUGUCAGCCUGUGAUGCUCCUAACAAAAUGGAAAGCAUUUUCCCCUUCAUUUCAGGCUGCAAAAUAUCACUUAUCAUGCUGUUUGCUAGUUGAACGCAUAUAGAAGGCACUCGAAGGGGAAGGUAGAUGGUGAGCCAGGGUGGGCAAAAUAUGGCUAUGGCUCGAAUCUGGCCCUCAGUACAAGUUUUGCCAACAUUAAAAAAAAUCAAAAUUAGAAAAAUUAUUGGGUUGCUGUGAGUUUGCCUCUAGAAGGCUUUUGGGGAAAAUAAUAUUUUUAUGUGUUGUUGAAAGCUUUGGAUUGCUGUGAGUUUUCUGGACUGUAUGGCCAUGUUCCAAAAGCAUUCUCUCCUGACGUUUCGCCCACAUCUAUAGCAGGCAUUCUCGGAGGUUGUGAGGUGUUGGAAUUUUUUUUAGCUUCUUUUUAGCUUCAGAGGAAGUCUAGGGCAAAUCCCCAGCUAUGAAAGCCUUAGACAACACAUAGAAAAAUUAUUUUCCUCGAAAGCCUUCUAGAGGCAUGAGCGGCAUUUCCACUGAAUUCUCCCCCCACAAUCAUUGAAAGCAUAAGAAAUGCCUUUUUCAAAACCAGAAAGAAAUGGGGAAAUAAUUCUGGAUUACUUCCUACUGUUAAAAAAGUCGCUUUUCUGGGAUUAAAAUGAGCCAGUGUCUCCCAAAAUGAGAGCCAGUGUGAUGUAGUUGUUUUAGUGUUGGAAUAGGACAUCAGGAGAACAGGGUUUGAAUCUCCACUUGGCUAUGGAAACCCACUAAGUGAGUUUAAGCAAGUCACAUCUUUUUAGCUUCAGAGGAAGGCUAGGGCAAAUCCCCACUGAAUAUAUCCUGCCAAGAAAACCCCCUUUAAGGUUUACCUUAGAUAAUUGUAAAUUAGAAAUGACUUGAAGGCAGCAAUAAGCCCACCAAAGCACAGUAAAAGUGUCCCCGUGCUCCUUUGAGAGUGUUUGCAGACACAAAACUAUGGAUGCAGCACUUUAAGGACUUCUGGGGGUGCUGAUUGACCUUUUGUUGCCCAUCCCAAUAUAGAGCUUACUAAAAGGACAGUGUUGCUUCUUUCAGAUUGCACAUGGGGACGGUUUGUCAGAUGGAUAUAUGCUCUCUAACAUCCAGAAAUAAUUUGGGGGGGAAUCAUGAUUUUGCAAGAAUGUGUUUAAAAUAUCCUUUGCAUGUUGAAUGUUUCUGAAUAUAAACCUGUUAAUUCUGCUUGACUGAUCUAGUUCUGAUGUCUUUUUAAAAGCUGAGAUUUUAACUGGGUUCCGUUACUUGCCAUCUUGACUUUUACCGAAAAGGUGAAAAGAAAGAAAACCACACUGCCUAUUUGGUUUCUGUUGUUAAUUUAAUAUAUUUCUUGAACAAACAGAUGACAACAAAGCAGCUAUACACAAAGUUUGUAUUUUAUGGAGUCAAAAGAUAAUUUAAUAAAAUGUAUUUUGACUACA